CCCAUCCCUCUUCUCUCUUAUUUAUCCAUUGAGAUGUGUGCUGCGCACAAAACUCUGCGGGCAGUUUUGUGCGCGGCCGCACACCACGUCGAAACAGAGCAGCACGGCUCGCAAAGUACUCCCCAGUGUCCGUUCUGCUGGUAGAAAACCAUGCGCGCCCGGUGUGAAGUACACGUCCCGGCAGGCGCACCGCAGUAGCCACGUCUUGAAAGCCAGCGAGGGGCGGACGAGCACGCCGUCGCCGCCCUCCUCGUCGUCCUCCUCCCACUUCUCACGGCAGGGAGAUAGUGAGAGCGGGCGUGCCGAUCUUCUGGCGCCAACGAUGGCGGGCUUGACCAGCGACAGCGAUGAUAAUGAUAAGUUUGAGUGGGAAAGUGAUGGUGAGGCUGCGCCCUCAUCAGCUCCGACCUUGAGGAACUUGGAUGCUCCUGGCCCGUCCACGCUGGUACGUCAGAAUUCUAACGGGUGGGCCAACGGGGAAGCAACCUCUACUUCUUUAGUCGAGGAAUAUGUGACAAUGGGUUUCCCAAAAGACAUGGUUGUGAAGGGCAUUAAGGAGAUUGGGCACAAUGAUGUAAAUGCGUUGCUAGAGCUACUUCUCACAUAUAAGGCACUAGGUGAUGAGGGUGCAUUGGGUGAUUGCUCUACGUCUGGCUGUGCCUGCCCAAAUGUUCAAGAUGAUGAUGAUGAUGAUCUUGAUUCCGAUAACUGGGAUAACGACAAUGAUACUGGUGGUAGAGAGCACAACUCUGAUAGUUCUGGUGAUGAGGAUUUUCUAAAAGAGAUGUCGGCGAAGGACGAGAAGAUAAACUUAUUAGUAGACAUGGGCUUUUCUGAAGAUGAAGCCAAUAUGGCUAUGACAACAUGUGGUGUGGAUGCUGAUCUCUGUGUAUUAGUUGAUUCGAUUAGUGCAUCACGGGUUGCAGGAGAUUGCCAUUCCAGAAAUUUAUUUGACGAUCAGGUUAUGGAUAGAUGCUUUGAUUCCUUUGGAGAGAGAGAGAAAGCAAGAUUGAUGGAAGAGCGCAAGAAAAAGAGGAAGCGAUAUGGAGGUGGAUCACAUGGCAAUCGAUCUUCCUUGGAUGGUAGCGAUGAUGAACAAAUGCAUCUCCCAAAUCCAAUGGUUGGAUUUAACCUGCCCGGUUAUAGGCGGCCAUCAGUGAUGAGAAUGCUUCCUCAACAAGCUAUUGGACCACCUUUUUUCUACUAUGAAAAUGUGGCCCGAACUCCAAGAGGUGUAUGGGAGACCAUUUCAAGAUUUCUGUAUGACAUUGAACCAGAGUUUGUGGAUUCUAUGCAUUUGUCUGCAGCUGCAAGGAAAAGAGGCUACAUCCAUAAUUUACCAAUUGAGAACAGAUCACCUCUUCUUCCUCUGCCUCCAAAGACCAUAUUUGAGGCAUUUCCUCAUUAUAAGAAGUGGUGGCCUUCUUGGGACCCGAGAAGACAACUCAAUUGUUUGCAAACAACUGUGGCAAGUGCAAAGACGACAGAGCGGAUCCAGUGUCUUCUUGCAAGGUCAAGCAAUCCACCACCUCCAAGUGUUCAGAAAUAUGUCAUUGAUGAGUGUAGAAAAUGGAAUCUUGUCUGGGUUGGAAAAAACAAGGUUGCUCCGUUGGAGCCUAAUGAGGUGGAAUAUCUACUUGGUUUCCCAAGGGACCACACAAGGGGGGUCGGCAAGACCGAGAGAUAUAAAUCUCUUGGCAACUCAUUCCAUGUUGAUACUGUUGCUUACCACUUGUCGGUGCUGAGGGACAUGUUUCCUAAUGGUGUUAGUGUGCUGUCCUUGUUCACCGGUAUUGGAGGAGGAGAGGUAGCUUUGCACAGGCUUGGGAUUCACAUGAGGGCAGUGGUUUCUGUUGAGAUAGGUGAAGCUAAUAGGAGGAUUUUGAGGGGUUGGUGGGAUCAGACCCAGACAGGCACGCUGAUUGAGGUUGCUGACGUGAAAUCUCUCACCCCUGAUAUAAUUGCAUCAUACGUUGGUAGAUUUGGCGGCUUCGACUUGGUGAUUGGGGGCAGCCCAUGUAACAAUCUUGCCGGGAGCAACCGACACCACCGUGAUGGCUUGGAGGGCGAGCAAUCUUCUUUGUUCUACCACUACUUCAGAAUCUUGGAUGUCGUCAAGUCGGCUAUGGCGAGGAUGUAGGCUAUGGCAAGGAUGUAGCCUAAGCAUUGUAGUACCCUAUCUUAUCACGUAGUGUUUAACCGCAACUUCUUUUGUUCUACAUAGAGUAAGAGGCUUCUUUUGUUUAGUUGCUUCAUGUCCUUUUCUUUGCUUGCACUUACAACUAUGUAUCAAGCACUUAAAUCUGUGGGUUCCAGGCUAUGAAAAUGGUGAGCACAAUAAGGUUAAAUGAGGAUGCUGCUUUGCUAUGAAGCCUAUUGUGAGAGA